AUGACUUGCAGGUUACAGGAUUCGCAAGCCGUCAAGCACGUUUGCCCUGUUAGAAACUCGCAGAUACAGUACUCGUCCACACACAUGACUGCCAAGGUCUCUUCGACUUCCCACGCGAGCAAGAAAAGAAAGGUGCUGAAGAAUGUGCACGAGCACGAUGCCGUGCCAUCUACGAGCACGCCCCCCUCCGAGGGCGUGGCAGAGACCGCCGCGUCAGGCUCCGAGGAGAGUGCGGUGGAGGAGUCGGCAGGUAGCGCGUCCGGUACAGAGGAGGAGUCCAGCGACGAUGACUUGCCCGCCAAGAAGAGGGCAUCAAUGCCCAAGCACAGCGACGGCGCCGAGGGCUUCUCCAGUGCGCUUACGAAUAUCUUGUCGUCGCAUCUAAAGGCCUACGACCGGAGCAACCCCAUCCUGGCGCGUAACAAGAAGGUGCUGCGGCAAAACGAGGCGGACAAGCUAGAGCUCAAGGCGAAGAAGGCGCUGCUUGCCGAGAAAAAGCAGCGGUUAGCGAAGACACGCAAGCGUGACAUCCUGCCAGUCGCAGCAGCCGAUGACGACGCCGAGCUUAUCCGUGCCACACUCGAGAAGGAGCGCCGCCUGCGCAAGGUUGCCCAGAAAGGUGUCGUCAAGCUGUUCAACGCCAUCUUGGCCACACAGGUCAAGACCGAGCGCGAGGCCCGCGAGACGUCGCUGAAAGACGUCAAGAACCAGGCAGAGCGCCGCGAACUCAUAACCGAAGUAUCGAAGGAGAAGUUCCUUGACCUCGUGAAGGCAGCUGGCGACGCCUAG